AUGGAGGAUAGUAAUGCAAUGGAGUGUAAUGAAGUUGGGCUCUCAAACGAGGACGCCGUUUCGCUGUUUAGUACUUCACUCAACAAAGCCUUAGAAAAACAAAGUAAUGUGAUUGUGAGUACAAUUGCGGGACUUACAGAACAACUAGGAAAAAGUAAUGCCUUGAAAAGUGCAGCGCACGUGCCUGAGUCCGGACAAGCAUUUGAAUUUAAGCAUGAGGGGCAUAAGAUUCAAUUUGCGUUUAAUCAAGAUAGACUUUCUAAGUUGUCUGAAAUUGAAGGUCUCAUUCAGGAAGUUGAUUUAACAAAGGCUGCAGCAGUUAUUAAGGAAGAAAAGACAGCCCUACAACAGAGAAACAAAAUUCUGAAAAUCGCUGACCGUCACGGAUGGGAUACCGUGCACGAGUAUCUCGAUGACCCUUUGGCAGAUAAUACCGAAGAUGCCACUAAGCUUCGUUACGCUGUGGGGCGUGCUGCAAGAAAACGAUCCUUCAGAGCAAAACCGUAUGAAAGACGCAGAGGAAGUUUUGCGCCCAGUGACUUUUUUCGUGGCUUUAACCAGUCGUAUAAUUCCUCCGAAAAAUUCAACACAGGGGCUUCAAGGGUCGGAAAUACAGGAUUCCAGUUCCAAAGAGAUCGUGGCGGAUGUUUCUACUGUCGGCAAGUCGGACACAUGGUCAGAGACUGCCCAUACCUCAAAGGCCAGCCCAUCCCCACCUUGUCAACCUCAACUACAUGCACAAGUGGAACCUCUAAGCAGUGAAAAUAAUGAAGUACGCAGUGUUUGGACAGAAAUUCAGGAAAUGAAAAAGGACAGCAGACUUUCUUCAGCAGCAUCAAACAUUCAGCACAUAAUCAGGAAAGGGAAGAGUGAUAGUUCAAAUAAAAUGUACGACACAUAUUUUAAAAAGUUCAGGACCUGGUGUUCAGAUCAUGGUGUUUCUCAUUUA